GACAUUAUUUAACGAAACGCGGAAUUCACAAACAAGGCAAAGGUUUCUGCCGGACUGUAUUUUCAGGAGUACAGGAGGUUGAACAACAGGAAGUGGAGCAGCAGCCACUAUGGCGGAGACGCACAGCUUGCAAGACCUACGGCAAGCCGCCGUCGCCUCCAAGGUUUUUGUUCAGAGAGAUUACACCUCUGGCACCAUCUGCAAGUUUCAGACCAAGUUUCCAUCAGAGCUGGAAAGCAGGAUUGAUAAGCAACAGUUUGAAGAGACCAUGCAGACGCUGAAUAAUCUGUAUGCCGAGGCAGAGAAACUGGGAGGAAGGUCAUAUAUGGAGGGCUGUCUGGCCUGCCUCACUGCGUACACAAUCUUUCUCUGCAUGGAGACCCAUUAUGAAAAGGUGCUGAAAAAGAUCGCCAAGUACAUCCAGGAGCAGAAUGAGAAGAUAUAUGCUCCCCUUGGGCUUCUCUUGACUGACCCUAUAGAGAGAGGACUCAGAGUUGUGGAGAUUACUAUUUUUGAGGAUAGAAGUAUUGGCUCAAGAUAAAACACACCCAAGGAUCAUGUGUGGAACGUGAUUAUUGGUCUGCUGGACUCAGUACCUGCUUCUCCAUCCCAAAAUGUCCUUACCCUGUUGCUUUAAAUGUAGAUAGUGUAUGCUAACUUUAUUUUCGGUUUAUUAUUAUUUUUUAAGAGAGUGAUUCUAUAAUGUAUCUUACAGAAACUCACCCAAUCAGAUUUCUGUCAUUUAGCAGCCCUCUGAUGUCUUAUUUUGAAUUUAUUGUACAUUUAUGUUGUCAUUUUUUUAUAAUGCUCAUGUUUACUGUAUAUACUUGUCUUGAUUGAGGAGUAUAGAUUAAGUGCACAGUGUUCUGUCACAAAGUAGUUGCAUCAUCAAUGUUGAAAUCGUUUUUACAAUCUGUUUCGAAGAUAUCUGAUCAGUUAUGGUUUUGUUAAAACUUUUUUCUUACAAUACUGAAUUUGCUUUGGUUUUGUAUACACGGAAGUCUGGAAAUGUAUUGUAUUUAAUGAAUUUGUUAUUGUAAUCGGGUUAUUCCCUUCUGAAAAUCCAUCUUAGACCAGCAUAAGAUUGUGAGCUGGUUAAAGAUGGUCUCCCACCUUGGUUUUAGCUGGUAUUGUUUUGGUCACUUUUUAAUCUGGAUUUUUAAAUCUGGAAGACCAGCUGACCCACCAGUUUUGCCAGGACCAUCUUAAACCAACUACCAGCUUAUGCUGGUCUUAGCUGGAUUUUUCAAUAGGGAUAACAUUAUAAUCUUCUCCAUUGCUCCAUCAUGUAGUGCCCCUCUAUAGCACACUGUGUUUAAUUCCUCCUUUAAGCAUUUUUAACACUACACUUGUCCAGUGGACUGCUGUACUUUUAUCGGGGUCUGCAAAAUAAUCUUGAAAACACACAAAUGCCAUAAACUCCUUUAAUAGCAUGGCUUAAUAUUACAUAACCUCCUUGUAGUCCUUACUGCUGUCAGUUUAACCUACUUCUUGCGUAAAUCUUUUUAUCUGUCUUGCAUCUGUGUCAUUUUUUGAAAAUCUUUUGACACUUAUUUAAACUAUGUAUCGUUCAAUAAAGUGUUUUCAUGAACAA